GCGGGUGUAGGCGCGCGGCAAUGCGGCCCCUGCUCGGCCUGCUCCUGGUCUUCGCCGUCUGUACCUUCUCCCUGUACCUGCUGUCCACCCGGCUGCCGCGGAGCCCGAGGCCCGAGACCCGCCCCAGAGAGGAGGGGGAGGAGGCGGAAGGCCAGGAGCCAGGCCCCAGGGUGCUCAAGUUUCCUUCAGACUUGGAAGAACUCCGGGAGCUCUCGGACUUUCUACAGAGCUAUAAGGGGGAGCACCAGGCCUAUGUACUGUUGCUGUUCUGCAGUGCCUACCUCUAUAAACAGUGCUUCGCUAUCCCGGGCUCCAGCUUCUUGAACAUUUUGGCCGGAGCCUUAUUUGGACCAUGGCUAGGCCUCAUCCUGUGCUGUGUGCUGGCCUCAGUGGGCGCCACCUGCUGCUACCUGCUCUCCAGUGCUUUUGGAAAACAGUUGGUGAUCUCCUAUUUCCCCGAUAAGGUGGCCAUGCUGCAAAAAAAGGUAGAAGACAACAGGAGCAGCCUGUUCUUCUUCCUGCUCUUCCUCAGACUCUUCCCCAUGACGCCCAACUGGUUCUUGAACUUCUCGUCCCCGGUUCUGAACGUCCCCAUCAUUCAGUUCUUCUUCUCGGUCCUCAUAGGACUGAUCCCCUACAACUUCAUCUGCGUACAGACCGGCUCCAUCCUGUCGACCGUCACCUCCCUGGACGACAUCUUCUCCUGGGGGAUGGUGCUGAAGCUGCUGGCUAUAGCUUUGGUGGCAUUAGUCCCUGGAACCCUCAUCAAACAAUUCAGCCGGAAGCAUCUAAGUCUGGAUGAAUCCAGCAGCUCUCACCUGGGAAAUGACAAAAAGGGGACAUGAUGGGCCAGGCUGGUUUGGCUAACCGGCGGGAUGGGUGGGGUCCUUGCAAACCUUCCCUUAUCUCUGUGUCCUCCUGGUGAAGGUCUCCUCAGCCUGGCCUGGUGCAGCAGCAGAAGCUUCUACUCUGGAGGCAGCCCUUCCUGGCCGGUGGGCAGCCCAGGCUCAUUACUGCCAUGACCCAUCAGGGACCUACAUCCUGGUUGUUUUGAUUUGUUUGCUGACGUGAGAGGCAGGGUGGGGCAGUGGGAAGAACCUAGUGUUUAAGGCCAGACCAUCGGGGUUCAAGGCCCGUACCUGCCACUUUGGGCCCAGCCAUCCCUUCUGCUCGCUGGGCCUCGGUUUUUUUAUCCGUUAAAUGAGGGGGUUGGGCCAGGUCCUCUCUCAGAUCACUCGUGGUCCCUCGUGGGCUUUUCUCGGCCUUUCCAUACUCAUCUAUCCUCUGCUUGGUCAGAGCUGACUCCCCCUUGCAGCACUAGCCCAGGAGCCCCUCGAUUUCACGUUUCCUUGCCCGGAUGUCGUUUCUAUCUGUAAAAUUAGUGGGUUAGACUAGAUGGUCCAAGAUCUCGGGUGUGUCCUAUGGCCCCUGGCAUCCCGCUUCAGCCUUCUUUGGUGUCAGUCUUCCCUUGGGAAGUUUAUUCUGGUCUCGUGGCUCAACUACCUUCCUGUGGACCCUGGGAACAAAGUCUGCCGGUACUCUGUGGACAAGGGUUAAGUGACGGGAGGGGGAGCUGCGUGUGAAAGGAGCUUUUCCUGAUAUAAUACCAAGACCCUGGGCCAGGCCAGGAGAGGUAAGGGGAGGGCCUGGUGCCUGAGCCUGCCCGUCUGUGGCCGCGUGCCCUAGAACCCGGAUGCCCAGUCCUCCCCAGCUGUUUCUGCCUCUGGACCCCCGCCCUCUCUUGUCCCUCCCUCCUCAGUCACUCUCUCUCUCGAUAUGCUGGAGAUAAUCAGAGCAAACUGGUGGUACAUUCACUUUUAUUGUUUGUCAUUAAUGAUUUGGGGAAUGAUUGUAUUUUUUAAUUCAGCAAAACAGACUCUUUAUGUUUUACUGUUGUUUUGGUUUAAUGUGUUUGUUAGAUGCAGUGUUUGAUAGCACAGGCUGAUACUUUUUCUUGGUGCCUACCCUAGGCAGCUGCGAUGCUGCAGGGAAGGGAGUCCCUAGUGGCAUUGCUCAGGAAAUUUGGCCCUUGGGGCCCAGUGGCCUCUCGCGCCCGCGUUGGGCUUGGCCACAUGCUCGGAUGUUGGCUAGAAUUGUUCACUUGGGCUGUGCGUGAGGCCCAAGGAAUGUUCGUGUCUAGGGGCAGUGGACUUGGGGGGUUGGUGUGACCCUCUGUGCCCAGGACGUGCUCUGUAUGUGUUUUCUGUUUACUUCUCUUGUUUCCUACAAUGGAUUGUAAGCUCCUGGAGGGCAGGGGCUGUUUUGUUCUUAUACCCCAGCACAGUGCCUGGGCCCUGGCUGGCAUUCAGUAAACGCUUGCUGCCUUGUUUUUAGUGGAACUGUGCCUGGGGCCUGACAACCAGCGGAGGGGCAGAGCUCCCGAGGCCAGAUUGCUGCUUCUGUUGUGGGGGGGACGUGGGGGCCAGCAAAGCUCAGCCGUGUGUCCAUGGAUUUGACAUUCCUCCUGCGGUUCAGUGUCCUGCUAGGAGAACCUUCAUGCACAAAACAGCUUUUUAAAUAAAUACAAAAUGGGUUUUUUCCUGGUGUUUGUUCACAAACAUUGCUGACUCUUAGCCACAAUAAUGGCUUAUGUUUACGUGGAAUUUGAAGGUUUGCAAACCAUUUUUCAAACAUUUCAUUUGAGCCUCACAAAAACCUUGUUUAGUAGGCACUAUUGUCACCAUUUUACAGAUGAUGAAACUGAGCCUCAGAGAGGAUUAUAUUUAGUAUCUGAGGAGAAAUUUGAACCCAGGUCUUCAAGACUCCAGCCUAGCUCUCUCUCUACCACCUCAUACCGCCUUUCAGUUAUUCUUCCUAAUGGGAAUCUGGUAGUGUUGCUAAAGGAUAGACUGGAAAAAGGCAUUUUUGCCCCUUAUCUUGGUGAGCCCUUGCUGUAUGAAGCCGAGUAGACUUUGAGUUUUGCCUACGAAUUGUCUGGUACAGACAAAAGAAGACUGGAUUUGGAGUCAGUGGCUUUGCCACUGACCCCGCGUGGCCUUUGGCCAGCGCCCAGCUCUGUGGGCCUCAGUGUCCUUGUCUGUGAAAGCAGGAGCUUGGGCCAGCUGGCCUCUAACAGUUCAGUGGCAGGAGGACAGAAGAGGGAGGAGAAACCUGCCCUGCGGAUUGACCGCCCGAAGUGGCUCCUGUGGUCAGUGGGCCCGGCAGACAACAGCCUCCAUCCAAAAAGAACCACAUUUUUCCCAAGGCUUUUCUGAAUGUCCACACUGGCACCGUGACGGCACUUCCAGGUUGGCCCAGGGGCCGUCAUCAGCCCCAGGUCAGCAGUGACGAGGCCGAGGCAGGCAGAGGUCCAGGGCCUACUCAGCUAGGAAGUGUCUGUGGCAGGAUUUGAACCCAAACCCGGACCUCCCGAGGAAAAGACAAGACCAGAGAGCGGCUCCGUACACUUGUUUUAUUCCAUGCAUUCGUUUGCUCUGAUAGUCAUUCUGGUGCCCAUUGCUGUACAUCGUUCAAUACAAAAAGUGAGGAUGGCAUCAGGAAACCACCCCAGGGAUCAGAAGAGCAGGUGUGAGUGAGACCCCAAACGAGGCAGACGGGGAGGUAAAUAGGGGACCAGAAGGGAAAGGAGCAUAAUUAUUGCUCCAAGGGGUCACAGUGGGGCAGCUUAAACAAUAGGAAAGGGCUUGGGAAUGUGGUCUGAUCCCUGGCUGGGUUCCCCUGAAAUGAACACACACCUCCCCUGGGCCUUGUGGGGGAGAGGAUCCUGGCCGCCGUGCCAGGGGGUGGCCAGUGUUCCCCAGCCCCGGGCUGCCCCAGGGGCCUAGGCUGACACUGGCUGAAGGGCCUGGUUCUUAGCCCCGAGGGUGGUGCCCCCGCCCCUGGGAAUGCCUGGGACACAUGGCUCUUGGGAGCCGGGAAGUGGCCUGUUCCACAGAGAGCAUGAAUCUUUUCCUCCUGCGUCUGGAAGCUGCCUCUGAUACUGUGCACACCGGGAUUAUUCUUGGGAGACCUUUGCUGCUUACAUGGGGCGUGGGGGGGGGGUGGGCUGUCGGGGCAGCGUCCAGCAAGAGCACACAAACAAGUAGAGUGGUCAGAGCAUUGGCACCUGGCUGCGCUGCCUAGGGUUGUAUGUUUAACAGGGGGCAACCAACCAAUAGCCUUUUAGCUGGAAGGCUAGAAUCCUACCCACAAUACAAAUUAUAAAAUGUCUCUGGUGGUUGUACCUCCCUGUAAUUAGUGGAGGGCCUAGUGAUUUUGCAACAUUUUCACGUUAACUUAAUUAAUAUCUUCCUUUUUUUUUUUUUGAGGCAAUUUGAGUUAAGUGACUUGCCCAGGGUCACACAACUAGUAAGCAUCUGGGGUUGAAUUUGAACUCUGGUCCUUCUGACUCCGGGGUUAGUGAUCUACCCACUACAGCACCACCUAGUUGCCCCAAUCCAUACCUUUCUCAAUAGAAUGAGAGCCUGAAGCCAAGAACUCAUGGAGAAGGGUGUGCAGAUGCAGAGCUGAUCCCGGGUGACAGCCCAGCUGUCUGCAGGUGCCCCGGCUAUACACGUGGGGACGAUAAGGAUGGACGAUAUGGCCCAGGCCAACCCAGGAACUCAAGAACUCAGGCUUUCCUCAGGAGAGCUCAGAAAAUUAAUGAGAAGACCAAGGACAGGACGGUGAAAAAAGUCUAGGGAAUGGUAUCGCCCUUAACCCUGUUCUGCCCAGGGUCCCUCAGGACUUAAGACUAAAUUCUAGAUGUCUAAAGAGGCACCGAGUGCCGGCCCCUCCAGGGAGAUGACAUCGGAAAGGGGGUAGCCCGUGACCUGGAGGAUCCAAGCCAAAAGCCGAUCCCUUGGGUCAGUUUGGGAUUCAGCUGGGCCCUGGAAGAGAACAGAGGCUAAGCUGAGAGGGGGAGGACUGACCCUGAAAAGAAAAUUGCUUUUAAAAAUUAAAUCUGAAAACGGGGAAAUUUGGUGCCUAUGUUGCCGGUGACAAUUUGCUUGUUUUUAUUUGUCGUAGGGAAGGGUUCAACCUGGACCCGCCCCUCCCAUGAUAUAAAGGCGAGGCUCCAAACGUAUUAGAUAAAAUUGAGACCUUCGUGCCGAGCCGGGCCAGAGUCCCGAGCUCCCUUCCAUCAGAGACAUUCUACCAGUCUUUAAGAUGGGGGCCCCAGACAAUUGGCCGGGUCCUAUGCAGCCUCAUCACAGUUUUAGGUUCUCCCCCAGCUUCCUGCUGCAGCCUGGGCUUUCUCCGUAGGACUUAUCGGCCAUCACUCGUCCAUUCGCCCGAUCAGGCCCGAUCAGCGCACACCCAGCGAAGGCCCGCUGUGCUGCGGUCUCCGGGGCUAGGCCCCGCGGCCGAGGCGGCAGCAGCAGCCGGUGAUUGUUGCUCUAAGUAUCUGCCCAGCCACACUCACAAGGACCAAUCAGGGACCGCGUCCACGUAGCUUUUCUUUUGUUCCUUUAUAAAAUCACACAGUUCACUGUCAGCAAUAAAUACGCAAUCAUUUGUGUUCCACUGUAAACCAGACCUUCUGAUCGACAGAAAAAUGAUCGUGACAACAACGAUGAUAAAAUAAUAAAAUAAUAACAAUAAAAAUGCCAUAACUUAAGAC